UAUUCAAAUUGUCGGUCUUGAAUUGCUAUUCAUUCGAAAUAUUCAUUUCGACAAUAAAGCUUUAAGGGAAUAAAUAACUAUUAGAAAACCGAAAGUAAUGUGUGACGAAAUCCGGGACUGUGAACCCACUACUUUGCGGUUGCCCUUCAACAGCUACCACAUCAACUUGCCUUUGUACAUAUUGGACAUGGUUCGCAUAUUCCAGGAUCAUCCCAAGUACAGCAAUGGCAUCCAUGACGAGCACAUCCUGGAGAUGCUGGAGAAGGAACCCUUUGCGUGUGGAGAUCUCGAGUCGCAGGUGAAGACCGCUCUUCUGGACCUGACUGCCAAGGGAUUUAUACGCUUCAUCAGCAAUGGAUACCGCACCUUGGGCCCCAUCGCCAAGCUCUCCAAUGCGCGAUCCGUGCGCCACUUCAACAUGACAUGGCAGCGCAUCGCCGAACUGCAGAAGGUCAACUGCCCCAGCUUGGAGCCCGGAUCCAUCUCCAGUGGGCCCUGCACACAGCGUGGAACCAAUUACUGAAGUCUGAAUUCGCCUUUCGUUUAUUUCGUUGCGUUAUCCAAUUGGUUUUCUGAGUUGAGUUCAAUCUUGAGCAGCACAAACACUCCGCACACUCCAUCAAAAUUGUAGUGUUCUAGUAAAAUUCCUGCAAAUCCUA